AUGAGCAGCAACGCCGCGGCCGAGGGCGCAACAAACUCGCCCCGCCGGAAACCCAAAAAGCUCCGUAAAGGUGGGAGAGGAGCAAGCGUGGACGAAGGUAACAGCAUGGCUUCGUCAUACAGCCAAAGAGUGCAGAAUGAAGAUGGCGCGCAAUGGGAGUUCUCGCGCGCGGACAGCGACCUCCCCGAUCUGCCUGUGGGCGACUACAGCUUCCUGAACGGCGACCCGAGCUUCACACAGCGGUACGGCGAGGAGCGCGAGGAGGACAUGGACGAGCACGAGAUGCGACGGCAUUUCAUGGACGUGGAGUCGAGCUUCGUGCCGGACGCGCUGCCUGUGCAUGGACAGCAACAGGAGGGUCGCUUGGGCGUCGACGACACGUAUCUGGAGCUGGGGAAGCCCGGGCAUACGCCGCCGCCGGACGAGAUGUUUGAGACGUUUUCGGGGAGGAGGUCGCGGUCGCAUCAUCUGCAUCGGCCCGAGCAGCAUGAGGAGUGGACGACCAAGUCUACGCAUGGGGAGGGCAGUGGGGACGAGGAUGACGAGGAGGACUAUGAGAAUCAGGACGAGAGUUCUCAUGCGGGAGAUGGAGAGGAUAAGUCGAUCUCUCCGGCAGCUGCGGCAGCGCAACGUGGCCAUACGCGCAAUGUGUCUACCGCUAGCGUGCAGAGGAUCAUGUCCGGCCAUGCGAGGAGGAUAUCAAUAGAAUCAAGCUCUCGGCCUACUACUCCUUCCACUCAAAGGCCGACGUCGAAGGGAUCGACAAUACGUCCUGGAUCAUCGCCUAUGCAGCCGCCGAAUGCUGGGAACAGUACGAGGAGCAGCACGAGGAGCGAUACGCAGAUUAACGGUGCUUCCGUGCCUUCGAGGUUCAGUUCGAGAUCUGCCUUCCAACGGCAGGCGAGCCAUCAUUCUGCAGCUUCUGCGACCACCAUGGACUCUGAAUUCUCUCUCAGCGAGGCCAGCGACAAUGCGGACUUUGCGCUACAGACUGGUGGUUCUAUGUCGCGAAACAGCAACCUAGGAGGCGGUAGCAUGCGACUGGAUCAACUGGCUCGUCUGCCCAGCUUCGCCAGCGCGUAUCCAGAGACGGAGGCGGACACUGCACCAGGACUCAGUCGUGGUCUGAGUCGCGGCUUCAGCAACUCCAUCUUGACUGGCAUGCGUCGAGGCAGAUCCGAUAACGACGAGAACCAAGAGCCGGAGACGCCCAUAGUGAGAGCUGAUCAUGCACAAGCUCCUACGGACACGGUAAUCGCGCAGCAUGUCCAGAGCAUACAGGUCCCUGAAACGAUUGCGAGAGACUUCCGGGCUAGGAACCGGUCGCUCUCUCCCAACAAGCAGCGGCCUUCAUCUUCCGGGACACAAGCGACAACGUUCCAAGGCGUGCCUCGUAGAACGUUGACGCUGAAGGAGCAGAACAGCAAGAUUGACAAGCUGACGAAGGAGAACUUUGACCUGAAGUUGAAAAUUCACUUUCUUGAUCAAGCCUUGCAGAGUCGCUCAGAGGAUGGCGUCAAGGACCUCAUCAAUCAGAACGUGCAGUUCCAGACUGAUCUGGCAAAUGAACGGAAGGAAUCGCAGACCAUGCGGCGCAAGAUGCGUGAGCUGGAGCGCAGAGUCCAGGAGCAGGAAGAGGCUCUCGCGCAGGCUCAAGCGCAGCAGGAGCAGCAGAAGGAGCGUCAAGACGAGGACGACGAUGAUGAUCCUACGCUCCAGGCUGAGAUGCACGAAGAGAUUUUGUAUCUCCGGCAGCAGCUCGAUCACUCUGAGAACAAGGUCACCACGCUUACUGAAGAUGUCAUGACGAAGGAGCUGGAGAAGCGCAAGAUGGCGGAGCAUAUGCGCAGCAUGGCUGGCUCUCGUGGCGAAGAUACCGCCGGCAUGAAGGAGACUAUGGAUAUGUGGCAGGAUCUACUGAAUGCUGAGACUGGCCGCCGCGAGCAAGCUGAGGAAGACAUCCGCAAGCUGCGAGAAGAAGUGACCUCAUUGCGCAUCGAGCGUGCUUCUCCAGCGCCAGCAAGAAUGGCGAAGAGCAGAAGUAGGAUGGGCUACGAUGAAAGCAACGCGGGAGACUCAGAAUAUACGAAUGGACUGAAUGGCGGUUCUAUCGAGUCAUCCACCGUAUUCGUCGAGCAGCUCAAGCACGAGAACGCAGAGCUCAGAAGAGAUCUUGGAGCGCAGACCAGCAUGCUCACCUCCCGGAACCGCGAGAGAGAACGUCUGCAGCAGGAAAUUGAAGACCUCAAACUUCUGCAGCGAAAGAGCGACGGUGCCAGAUCAAUUGCGGGAGACAGCAUCUUUGAUCGGUCCAUUUCGCGUGCGCACCAGCGCGCUCCUUCGAGGGCCAGCGAUGCGGCAACUCAAGUCACAGAGACGGAGCGCGAAGAUUGGGACAAGAAGGAGGGCCAGCUGCGAGAUCAGAACGCUGAGCUCAGGCUCAAGUUUCAGGAGUUGGAGCGCACGCACAACACGCAUCUGCAGUAUGUGUCGGUGCUUGAAGGCGACUUCCAGCAGAUGGAGAACGAGCUCAAUGAGUCAUUCGAAGACUCAAAAGCGCUGCAGAUCGAGCGUGACGAGGCUCUGCGUGCUUUCGAGGAGAAGGAGGCGGAGCUUGAGAAGCUCGAACAGGAGGCGCUCGCUGAGAUCGACAAGCUUGAGAAGGAGAUCGAGAAUUUGCAGCAUCAGCUCGAAGAUUCACACAAGAAGCAGCAACGUUUGCAGAACAAGCUUGAGCAUGCUACUGACGGCUACAAGGGCUUGCAAGGCGAGCUCCGAGAGAUCACCCAAAGCGUCAUGAAUCUUGAGGAUGAGAAGCAAGCGAAUAUGCGUACGAUCCAGACUCUGGAACAGCAACUCUCUGAGUGCGAGGACGAGUUGCAGAAGUACGAGCAGAAGUGCAAAGAGCUUGACCAGAAGAACCGCAAGCUCGAGAUCACGCAGGAGAGCUUGCAUUCCGAGAUCACGUUCCUCCGCGACGAGCAGGAGGGUGAUAAGAUCAAAAUCGGCGAAUUGGAGGAUGCGCUCAACGCUGCGCAGCAGACCAUCCAAGAUGAGCAGGAGAAGCUGCAGGAGAUGGAGGAUGCUAUCAGUGAUGAGCGGCAGCAGCGAGAUGUACUUGAGAACAAGUCCAAAGAGGAGGUGCAGAAGGUUCUUGACGACCUCAACAAUGAGAGCCAGAAGACCAAGGACGAAGUUCGUAAGCUUAGGCGUGCGCUGUCCGCCAAGGAGGUGGAAGCGAGUACCUGGAAGCAACGGCUCGAGGAAUUGGAGCAGAACUUGCGGAGCGUCAUUGGUGAUCCAGACGGGACCAAGCAGAGCUUACUGUCCGACAUCGAGAAGCUGCAGCGUGAUCUCGAGACGACUGCCAACAGCCUGGACAGGGCGAAGAUGGAUAUGGCUGAUAAGGACCGCCUGCUCCGUCAUCGCGAUGGGCUGCUUGAGAGCACUAGCCUGGAAAGUCGGAGACUGUCUGACCUGCUCGACAAGGAACGUGCAGCCCGUAGGCACGAUCUUGAUCAGUUCGAGAAGGCUUCUCGCGGUCAGGCGACGCAUAUGCGGACGAUUGCACAGCAAGAAUCGCGCAUGCUGGAACUCGAGCAGAACUUUACGCAGGACAAGCGGAGGAUGGCCAAUCUGGAGGAGCAGUACCGUGACCAGCUUUCCGAGCGGAACAAUCUGCUGCUCGCUCUGUGGAAUCGGCUGUCGACACUUUGCGGCAACGACUGGGCUCAGCACCAUAGUCUGGUGGAUGGCGAGCUGCCGUCUGUCGAUGUCAUCAAUCGACGUCUGCCUACCUUCAACAAGAACCUGAUUUCAGCCGUGAAGACUGUAGAGUCGCUGAUCGGUAGCUUCAAAAUGCGGAUCCGAAGUAUCGAGAAAGACCUGUGGAAGGACUACCAGACUCUUGAGCACAAUCUCGACAUGCGCAUCCGACGUAUGGACAACCUGGAGAACGCAGUGCGAGAUGCGCAAAAGUCGAUCGCAGAGGAAGCCGCCCAGCGUCCUCAGCUUAGUCGCGCCGGCAGCAGCAAGCCCAUGAAAGGCAGCGAGGAGAUUUCCAAACUUAAGACGGAAGUGAAGAACCUCAAAGCCGAGCUGAAAUUCCACCGUCAACACCCCUCCGCCAUCGCCCAGCAAAUGAUCAACCAGCAACAACAGAUGAAUCCGGACAACAACCGCCGUCAAUCCAUCAGCGCCUCGAGCGCGAGCAUCAAAUCCGCCAGCAGCCCGGCACGCUACAUGUCGCAACUCCUGCGCCAUCACUCCACCUCCGCCGUCGAGCAACUGCAAGCUACGCAAGAAGAACCCGCGCAGCAGCAACAACGCCAACAACAGCCCAUCGUCCUGUCGACCCCACCGAUCCAGCCUAGUGAGCAGCGGUGGGUGCACCGGUUGAAGGAGCUCGAGCGGCGGCUGAAAGCGGAGCGGGAGGCGAGGUUGUUGGAUCGGAGGGGUGCGAGGCAGAGGUUGGAGGAGGGGAGGCAGGAGAAUGAGGAGUUGAGGUUGAUGUUGGAGCAUGAGAGGGUGCGGCAGGGGAGUAUGGCGGAGGCGAGUAGCGUGGCGGGGAGUCCGAGGAGGGAGAGUGAUGUUAAUGCUAGUAGUGGGGUGGACUGA